UUGAUGCUAUCCAACGAAUAGUCUAGUCAAAGUGCUCCCCACCAUGUACGCCCGUAGCGCCCUCAGAUAUGCCUCUCUCAAGAGAGUAAAUAAAGCAAUCAUCAUCUCUUCUCCAAGAUACAAUUCUCGCUCUUUUUCCGUCUCAUCGUCUCGCAGAAUCAUGGAAACGGCUGGAUUCACCGAAGAGCAAAUGUCCGUACGGGAUGCCGUAUUCAAAAUAUGCUCUCACUUUCCAGAUGAAUACUGGGCACGGCAUGACGAAACGGGCGAAUACCCGCAUGAGCUGCACGCUGCUCUCGCAAAGGAUGGCUGGAUUGGUAUUGCGUUGCCUGAAGGGUUGGGCGGUGCCGGAUUGGGCAUUUCAGAAGCCACAAUGAUGCUCCACACCAUCUCUGAGAGCGGAGCUGGAAUAGCCGGUGCUCAGUCUAUUCAUGCGAACGUCUACGCCACGCAGCCUCUCGCCAAAUUUGCGAGUCCUGAGCAACGGCAGGAGAUGCUGCCCAAGAUCAUCAACGGAGAGUGGCGAGCCUGCUUCGGAGUAACGGAGCCCAACACUGGCCUCGAGACGCUCAAACUACGCACCACCGCCAAGCGAGACGGUGACGGCUACCUGGUCUCUGGCCAAAAGACCUGGAUCUCCUCAGCGCAAGUCGCAUCGAAGAUGAUUCUGCUCGCGCGCACCACGGCCCUCGAAGACGUCAGCAAGCCCUCAGAGGGCCUCUCCCUCUUCUUCAUCGACUUUGACAAAACCAAGCCGGGGCUCGCACUCAACAAGAUCAAAAAGAUGGGCGGGCGCGCCAUCGACGCGAACGAGGUCUUCUUCGACGACUACCGCAUCCCAGCCUCCGCACUAAUCGGGGCCGAGGGCCAAGGCUUCAAGAUGGUGCUGCACGGCAUGAACGCGGAGCGGUGCCUGCUAGCGGGGGAGGCGCUGGGGCUGGGCUACGCGGCGCUGAAGCGGGCGGCGGGGUACGCGCGCUCGCGCGUCGUCUUUGGAAAGCCAAUCGGGCAGAACCAGGGCGUGCAGCACCCGCUCGCGGCGGCGUAUAUGGGCCUCGAGGCGGCGAAGCUGGCGACGUAUCACGCGGCACGGCUGUACGAUCAGAGUCGGGUGGACGCGGGCAUCACGGCGCACGCGGUUGGUGUCGCGUGCAACAGCGCCAAGUACCUCGCGGCCGAGGCGGCGUUUACAGCGUGCGAGCGCGCGGUGAGCGGUUUUUUUUUUUUUUUUUCAUUUUCUCUGCCUUGGGCCCUUUUCCUUCCUCUCUCCACUCGUGAUCCGCUGACAAUCCCACCUUCCUGCUGCCAGGUCAUGGCCCACGGCGGCAUGGGCUAUGCGCAAGACUACCACGUCGAGCGCUACUUGAGGGAGUGCUUCGUCCCGAGGAUCGCGCCGGUCAGCAGGGAGAUGAUCAUGAACUACGUGGCAGAAAAGGCGCUUGGGCUGCCGCGCAGCUACUGAGCAACGAACAGGUAAGUGAGAGUGGGUGGGAAGAAGGGCAAGCAAGAAAAUAAAAAAUAGAAAAGAUGCAGCAGGAAGGAUGUAACUAGCACAAACACGGAGGAAGGGGAGGGGAGGGGCAUGCAGCAGCAGACUCCAAUGGCAUGCAGGGGCGGUG